AUGUUGAAUGAAGCAUUCCUAUCGGGAAUUUGGUCCUCAGCGGGGAACGCGUUAGGAAAAUUAGCCGGAACACAAUCGAUAGUGGGUGACAGCUAUGUGCUAUGGGCUACAAUACUACUUACAAUGGUGAUGGUUAACACAUGGAGCCUAAGACAUUACAUGAGGUCUCUUGAUGCAGCUUUUACCACUGUUGUACCUACAGUUAUAUCCUCUGCAUCUAGUUAUGUUUUAUCAGGCUUAAUUGGCAUAUUUCUGUUUAAUGAAGCAACUUCACUAAAAUGGUGGAUGGGUGCAAUACUUAUUAUUAUUGGACUUGUUUUGAUUACUUAUCCUAGAAAAUAA